AUGAAGUUCAACGAAUUUUUUAGUAUAUAAGUUGGCAUAAUUUCGUAUUCGAAAUCAGAAUCAAGUCAACACUUCUUGAGUGUGCGCAGUAGCAGUACUACAAUAAAUCCUUUUCUUCACUUCUCAACUCCUUCUUCGCUUUAAUCAGCAAACAUGAAGUUCGUUAUUGCCGUAGUCAUGUUGGCUCUUGCCGUUGGUGUGCACUCCUCCCUGCUGACUGCUCAGAUUGCACCGGCCGUUUCGUAUGUGACCUCCGCUGUGCAUCCGGGACCAUUGAUCUCAGCCGGUGGCUGGGCAGGUCCUUCCGCUUGGGCCGGACCAGCUGCUGUCACCGCAUGGGGUGGUAGCGGACACGGCUUGUAUGGUGGCAUUCCCGGCAUUUCCCUCGCUCAGGGUCCUGGCGCCGCCGCCAUCGCUGCUCCUUUGGCCGCUCCAAUUGCUUUGGGUCAUGGUUUGGGUCAUGGUUCGGGUGUGUAUGUGGCUAAGACACGCGGCGCCAUUCACACUGCCCCCUUGGCUGGUCAUGUCAACUCGGCGACCUCUCUGAAUUUGGCACCAGCACCAGGCACUUGGUAAACGUGACAUGCGAAUACCGAUAAGAUCCUCACAAAGCAAUAUAAAACAACCGACAUUCACACACAUAACCACACAACUAAAUAUUAUGCAUAUAUGCUGGAGUAUAGCUGCGCGUUGCGCCAACUAUAAGCACAAAAGACAAUUUCGACGAUGAUCAUGCCAAAUGAAGGAUGCCACCGCACUAACUAAAUAAUAUGUAUAAUUGACACCGAGCGUGCACACAUUUUCGCCGUUAUGUAUACCGCGCUCCGAUAUCCGAUAUCCGCAACCGCAAUCCACACCCUGACCACACGCAUACCGACAUUUAUAUGCAAUACACGCACACACGCACUCUGUUUAAAGCAUAUCUAUGUUCUUUAUUAUUAUUACAUUUAUUAAAUGAUACAUUAUGUACAUUAUGUACGCACACAUA